AUGUCUUUCGCAGCAUCGCGCGCUGUGCUGCGCCGCUCAACCUUCGCUGUCCGACGCGCUGGCAUCCGCAAUGCCUCCUCAAGCACCGAGUCGGCCGCCAACGCAGCAAAGGAGCAUGCGUCCAAAGCCGCCAACAUUGCGAGGGAACAGGCAUCAAAGGCAUCCGAGGGUCUUUCCCGAGUGGCUUCAGGUGCGGGAGCUGCCCUCUCUCAAGCUGGCACCGCACUGGGAGGCGUUGGUGGCCGAACUGGACGAUUGAUUGGACGCAUCCAAUCUCUCAUCCCUACUGCCACUCACUACUCGAGACUCGCUCUUGAAGUAGGCAAACUUGUCGCAAAGGAGAGGAACAUGAGCCCACCAAGCGUUGAAACCUUCCAAAAGUCUUUCCAGUCGGUCCUUACCAGCCUUCGCAACCCAUCCAACAUCGCCAGCCAGCCCGCCAACCUCCUUAACCAAGCAAGGAACAUGAGCACGGCACAAUGGGCCUCCGUCGGUGUUGUAGCCGCAGAGGUCAUCGGUUUCUUUUCUGUUGGUGAGAUGAUUGGACGUUUUAAGAUUGUCGGAUACCGAUCGAGCGCUCCCGCUCAUCACUAAACACUUCUAUUGGAGUUCUUGGCCGGAUGAUAAUGGGAAACAGGCAAAUGGAAGCUAUCGGCUUAAGAGUACUGACUGAAAUGAGGACAGCAUGUGCCAAAGCGUCUUAGGAUAGAGGAGGGAAGACGAUAGGGGAAGGGCCGGAUAUGCGUGCCGUCGAAUGGACCCGACACUGUACUAUUGCACAUACUUUGACUUAGAUUUCUUAUUUUGCCUGUGCCACUAUUGUCAAAUGCAUUGCAUUCUCACGCAUUCUGAAUGGUUUUAACUUAUGAAUACCUAUUCGUGAUAUUGGGUUGGUACUUUCUCAGGUACCGGUCGGUGGAUCGGAGCUAGUUUCUCCGAGAUGUUCCCAUAAUUUUUUUGGAGCUUCAAGAUAAUCUUUCCUAC